UACUACAUUAUGUAUUGUAUAAUCUUUCUUUUUCUCCAGAUGCUGAAGACACAACAGCAAUGCUCUAUAAGGCAGUAUGGGUACCUGAUUCAGUCACUAAUCAAUGCAUGCUUUGCAAACAAAAGUUCUCAGCUUUCGUUAGAAAGCACCACUGCAGAAUGUGUGGGCGUAUCGUCUGCUCCCAAUGCUCACCUCAUAAAGCAGAUAUAGCGCAGCUAUCGGGUGCAAAGCCUAGUGGUAAAACUGAACGUGUUUGUCACCAGUGUAACAAGCCACUGGUAUUAUGUGUGGGAGGAGAGAAUGAUGUACUUGAUAAUACUAAAGGUUAGUAUAAGUUUAUAUAGUGAAGAUGACUAUGUAUGGACAAAUGGAUAUUAUCUGUAUUCAUGUACAGUACAUGUGUGUGUGGGCUUGUUUUUGGUGUUGAGUACAAGCGAUAUUUGAUAUUUUAGAGAAAUGACACUCAAUCCACUAAGGAUUAGAAAUACAUGUACAUUUUAAUAGUGUAUGACAUAUGCCCUUUAUACGUACUGUAUACGUACAAUUGGCCAUGUAUUUAAACAUGGAUUGCAUGUACAUAGCACAUGUUUUUUGUAAUACAAUGAUCGUGUCCCAUCCUGUGUGCAUACAAUUCACAAGUUGUUGCUUUACAAUUGUGGUUAUCUUGUUCACUAUAGUUGCAGGUCCACCUGUAGAUAGUAAGCCAAGAGAGGAGGAGGGAGGGAAGGAAGAGGACGAUGAUAACGACAGUACAGAGACCGAGGAUUCCGAUGAUUCAGAGGCUGAAGAACUUCCCGUUCCUCCUCCUCGCAAGAAAAAGCAGCAAAAAGAAGACGGAGCUAUGAAACCCAAACAAGCACCUCCCCCUCGUCCUGCUCCUCCUAAACUCUCUCCGGCAGCAGCUACUGGAAAGAAGGUCCCACCUCCGAGACCACAGAGUGGCCCACUAUCAAAGUCUCCUCCUCCUCCUGCUACUACUAGCGAGCCUAGCCCUGUACCGUUACCACGGAAACAGACCACGCCUACCAUUCAAAGGAAGGAGGAGGAGCCUGCUGUUGUCGUGGUGGAGAAACCGGUUGCGCCAAAGAGAACAAAAUUAUUGACAGGAGGAACGCAAAACCAAUUGAAGGAAGAAGAGAGAAAGGACGACAGAGUGAAAGAAGAAAAGGAAGAGAAAGAAGAGACAAUAAAAGAGGAAGGGAAGGAGGAGGAGGAGGAAGAGGUACAGACGAUAGAAGAGGAAUCACAAGAACCAAAUAACGAAUUGAAUGCCCCCACCACUGACACUGAAGAAGCUCCUCCCACUGAAGAAGCUCCUCCCACUGAACAAGCUCUUCCUACUGAAGAGUCUGAAACCAGUCCAACUGAAGGAGUUACUACAGAAAGUGUCAGUGAUGAUCAAAGUCCAUCCAGUGGGCCUGUAUCAACUGAAAGUCAAACCGAAACGAAUAAAAAGGUACCAGUAAAUAGAAGAAAGAAAUACCAAAGUGAUACUAAUGAUAGUGCUUCUACUGCUCUUGAUACAAAGACCACA